CUGCAAAGGAUUCAUGUCCUACUAUAUAUAUAACCUAAGUACCUAACUACUUGGUUGCACACCUAUAGCUUAUUUAAGCGAUAAGCUCCCAAGCAUUGGUGGCACAGCCUCACUUCUCUCUUUCUCAUCGCUAAAGUCUCAAAAGUCCUCCCCGUGGUUGCCCGAUGGAAAACAAGGAAUACACGCAGGAUGGCUCUGUUGAUCUCCGUGGACGACCGGUUCUUGCUUCUCAAACAGGGAGGUGGAGGGCGUGUGCCUUCCUAGUAGGCUAUGAAGUAUUUGAAAGGAUGGCCUUCUAUGGUAUCGCCUCAAAUCUGGUGGUUUAUCUGACAACCCAACUACAUGAGGACACAGUCUCAUCAGUGACGAACGUUAACAACUGGUCGGGUUCAGUUUGGAUCACGCCGAUCCUUGGAGCCUACAUCGCCGAUACCUACUUAGGCCGGUUCUGGACCUUCACAAUCUCGUCUCUCAUCUAUGUCUUGGGCAUGGUCCUCUUGACAAUGGCAGUUUCCCUCAAGUCUCUAAGGCCAACUUGCACCAAUGGUGUCUGCAACAAGGCUACGCCAUCUCAGAUUGCCUUCUUCUAUGCAUCACUCUAUGUUAUUGCCAUCGGAGCUGGGGGGACCAAGCCCAACAUAUCCACCUUCGGCGCGGACCAGUUUGAUGACUUCGACCCCCACGAGAAGAAGCUAAAGGUGUCCUUCUUCAACUGGUGGAUGUUCACCAGCUUCAUGGGGGCCCUCAUCGCCACCCUCGGCCUCGUGUACAUCCAGGAGAACGUGGGGUGGGGUGUGGGGUACGGCAUUCCCACCGCAGGUCUCAUGGUGUCCCUCCUCUUCUUCUACAUUGGCACCCCGAAUUAUAGGCACAAGGUUAGGAAGACUGAGAGCCCCAUGAAGGAGAUUAUCAAAGUUUGUUCUACUGCUUUCAGAAAUCGAGGGCUUGAGCUGCCUGAUGACCCGGCGGCGCUAUAUGAGCUCGAGCCGCAGCAUUAUAUCAUCACCGGAAAGCGGCGAGUGCAUCACACUUCAGCUUUCAGGUUUCUUGACAAAGCAGCAUUGAAGCAAGGGACCAAUCCCCGCACCGUGACCCAAGUGGAAGAGACCAAGCUGGUGUUGGGCAUGAGCGUCAUCUGGCUCGCCACCCUCAUCCCCAGCGUCAUCGGGGGCCAGGUCGGCACCUUCUUCGUCAAACAAGGCACCACCCUGCAACGAAGCCUCGGCCAUGGCUUCCACAUUCCCGCCGCGUCUCUCGGCAGUUUCAUCACCAUUUCCAUGCUCGUCUCCGUUCCCAUAUACGACCGCUUCUUCGUCCCCUUCAUGCAGCGCCGCACCGGGAACCCCCGUGGCAUCACCCUCCUGCAGCGUCUCGGCAUUGGCUUCGGCUUCCAAGUCGUCGCCAUCAUUGUUGCCACCCUCGUCGAGCUCAAACGAAUGCAUGUCAUCGAGUCUCACGGUACCGAUGGCCCCAAAGACAUCGUGCCCAUGAGCAUCUUCUGGUUGCUGCCUCAGUACAUAUUGCUGGGGAUUGGCGACGUGUUCAACGCCAUCGGCUUGCUCGAAUUCUUCUAUGAUCAGUCCCCAGAGGACAUGCAGAGCUUGGGGACGACGUUCUUUACCAGCGGGAUCGGCGUCGGCAACUUUCUCAACAGCCUUUUGGUGACCGCGGUCGAUAAGCUGACGAGGAGAGUUGGAGGGAAGAGCUGGAUUGGGAACAACUUGAACGACUCCCACUUGGACUACUACUAUGGAUUUCUGACGGCUAUUUCGGUGAUCAAUAUGGUGGUCUUCGUCUGGGUUUCGAUCAGGUACAACUACAAGAAGGAGACGUUGGAGGUGACGGAGGGAAAGGUGCCGUGCGUCCAGAUGGAAGGGAAGGCCGUGGAUGGGCCCCCAAGUUCUCUAGGUUUGCGAGUGUGACAGUAAUAUUACUUGCAGGCUUUUGAUAUGGCUGUAAGAUGGAUCUAUGGGACUUGGGAACUUCUAUUUGUUUUUCCAUUUGGCUGGUGCUCUGUUAGCUUUGUGACGAUUGUUAGCGAAUUAAGGACCCAAGCAUUGGUCAAAUAAUUUAACUUCGUCAGUCCAUGAUGCAUUUGGUGGCACUCUCUCUGUAGAAAGUAAA